AUGGAUUCUAACCAUGAAGAGGUUAAUUCCUUUGAUCAUUUACCAGACAAUCUCCUGCUCUUAAUCUUCGACAAAAUCUUAGACCUAGAGGCCAAAGCCUUAGUGAGUUGCUUUCUAGUUUCCAAGCGCUUUGCUUCCCUCAUCCCUCAAACCAACACCAACACUGUUUUGAUCGAAAUGGAAGCCCCUGCCAAUAUUCCUCAAUCCAAAAAAAGCCGAGGUACCUCACGAAGUUUAUUCAAGAACAUCUUAAGCAAACUCAGCAGCAAGUCCAAGCCGAGGUACCUAGUGCAGCGGGAGAUAAGAGGCUCUGACGUGUUAAAGAUCUUUCGAGAGAUCAAAUGUCUGAAAAUCCAAAGUCACUCCACUGGAGUGAAAAACCCUUUUGUUGCGGGCUUCCUCAUGUGGAAGGCAUUUUUUGGGGCUAAAUUUCGUUAUUGCCUCUUUCUUUUUGCACCAUUCGUCCACAAAGAAAACGAUGAUGACCCUUUAAAGAAUACAAUAGUGCAUAGCAAUGACAAAGAGGGUGAAGAAGUUUUUCAAUUUCUUCGGACUUUUGGCGGAUUUCAUUUGCAAGAAGCAUUACAAAGACAUCGCUAUGUUAAAGAUACAAUUUCGGAUAAUCAGUGCAUUCUUAAGAGAGUCGUGGUUUGUGACUCGGAGAAUCGAGGAAAGGUGUGUAUGGGAGAAGAAGAUAUUGCGGAGUGUAGGAGUUGGCAUGUUGAUAAUGAUACUAAGGAUACAACAACAACAUUGUACUAUAAUUGCAAGAUGUGGUAUGUGCCUGUUUUGGAUUUGCCAAUGCACGGAUGCACAAUGAAGGGGGCCACACUUCUUUGGGUCUAUCCUGCUAGUGUGACAAUGAGCAAAGAGAAGGAUGUCUUGAAAGGAUUUGAAGAUGAUGAAGAGGAGCAGUGGGGGAUUUUCAAUGAAGCUGUAAGGGAGAUUGUGCACAACAACAAUAUCGAUAAGAGAAUGUUUCAUACAACUUCGUUUUCAUGA